AUGGCAGCUGCUCCUUUGUCGCUCGAAGGCUUGUUUGCGUACAUCUCGGAGAGGUUCGCCGCUGGAGUGAUUCAGUCCUACCAAGGGCAAGUACUUUUAGAGGACGCUCCAUUACUGCAACGCAAAGAUCCCUUGGAGGAUUUCAAAAAGUUCAAUCGAAAUGAUGAGAUUUUUCAAGAGUACGAUCCUCCCUCAGGGGACGACAGCAAAAUGGGAUGGAAGAGAUCCCGCCCGCCAACAUGGCGACUGUCGCUGUGGAAAGCCAUGGAGCAUGCGUUUUGUAUUCAAAUUCUUGGUGGUGUUGCGUUGGGAUCGCUCGCUAUUGUAAUACUGGUCCUAGAUAUCAAUACCGUCGAUCUUUGCUAUGAUAUGAAGUCCAAAAACUGGACGACGAUUCCCAAAAGAAUUCAGGCGGUCAUGGUGACAGCUGAUACAACCGAAGCCUUCUUCGUUGAACUGUGGACGUUUCUCGUUGUUUUGACAAUGUUUGGUUGGCGUUUGAUAAAGGAACUCAAUCUACUAUUUCUCAAUCUUCUGGGCCCUUGUUUCGACACUUGUUACAGGCUUUAUUUACAAGUUUACGGCAUUUACGACAAUCCCUGGAGGACAGUCCCUGCCAACGUCCUCUUUCUUCUCUUGUUGUUGAUGAACAGUUUGAUCAUUGGCAGAGACAUUGCUAAGAAAAGCGAAACUGAAAGGAACAAAAGAAUCAAGAAAGCGAUCAAGGUAGCGGCGAUGCUGGUAGCUCAGUUUGCUUUUGGAAUACCGAUCACAUAUGGUUUCGUGUACGUCCUAAUACCUCUGUAUGGCGAAGUAUCUGAAACCUACAGAGCGAUUAUAACCGGGGCAUUGCCUCUAGUAACUGCAAUACCAAAGGUGAUUGUACGCUUGGCGGCGCAAAGAAUCGAUUUCCUUCAUCCAGGAGAUUCUCACAUAUUGUUAAACGUCCUCCACAGCGCAAGUGCCAUCGUUUUUCGUGUUAUGCAAGCGGAAUUGACCAGCCUCCGACUUUUUAUUCUCCUCAGCUUCGCGCAUGGUGCAAUAGACUUGGUGGAAAGGUUGACUAUCGUUAUUCGUGAUUAUGCUUGGUACUUUAUUUAUAAGAAGCUCAAAAGAGACAGUAAGGAAACAAUUUUAAGAGCAAAUCAAUUUCGCUCGCCGAGGAGUAUGCGCUUUGUGGCCGAUAUGAGCAUUCAGAUGAUCCUUUUCGAAUCAACAUCGUUGAUAGCAGCGGUCGGUUUCAUUCAGCUUUACAAAUUCAUGUACAACCGCAGUGAUGCUUCCUCGGCGUCUACCAACAUGGUUUUUAUAACCCAAUUCUUCAUUCGCGUCUCCAUUGCUAUUAGCAUCGAUUUCGUUUUUAACUCGUUCUCGAUUUGGCUGCAGAUGUCCUAUUUAAAUAUCGCAGUGGUGCGCGUCUGGCGCAAGAAAUGGCGGAAACAUAUGCUCGUUGCUUUUAUUUUGACUGCCUUGACACUGUGUUACUUUAUAUCUGACUUGUUUGCUGUUGUUGAGGCCAAAAACACUUCAGGAGUUAUAAAAGAUGAUAUCAGUUGCAGGGGGCCUUUCUCAAAGUUUUAA